GAUGGACGCUGCCGGCCGCCUCCGGCAGAGUAUAUAAAGGUAUGGGCGGCCACGGCCUGACCCCCCGUGUCCCUAAACACCACGGUAGGAGUGCAGCAGGUGAAGCGGCGUCACAGUGUGCGGGUAUCGGUACGAGGAGUUCUCGUCAUGGUGCAGCUGUCUCCGUCCCAUACCCCGGACAUCACCCAGGAGCCCGAGCUCUGUGCCGAUGACGGGGAGGGCCAGCAGGGGGAGCAGCUCUCUGCUGGUAGCCCGAAGGCGGAGACCCUGCCGGGGGCGCUGGUCGGCCUGGAGGCGUCCACGGCUUACCACGGCUAUGAAACCUACAUAGAAGAUGGCCUCAUCUGCCUGAAGCACAAAGUCCGCAACUUGGAGAAAAAGAAGCUGAAACUGCAGGACUACAAGAGGAGGCUGGGCCAGGGUCAGGUGUUGAACAAAGAUCAGAUGGCAGCUGUAGAGAAGUAUGAAGAGGUGCUCCAUAACCUGGAGUUUGCACGGGAGAUGCACAAAACCCUGGACGGCUUAACCCAGAAUUUGCUGAAGGCCCAGAAAAAGGUGGCUAAAAAGGAGCAGAUUGAAAAGAUGGAGACUGAGAAAAUGCGCCUGGCCCUGGUGCUUCAGUUCCAGCACCUUUUUAGAGGCCUGCAGCAGGACCACAUACAGAAAGACCUAAUGUCAGGAUGCAACCGUGCACCCUACGUCCCAGCUCACCAGCUGCACAGCCUGAACCAGCUGGCUGCCUUACUGGGGGUCAAGAAGGAUGGCAGAAUGAGCUUAGAGGAGCAGAUGGACCAAGCGGCCCUGGUCUACAUGGACCUUCUGGAUGGGAAGGACAAACCCGUGGCUGGAUCCACAUAUAAGCUGCUGAAAGAUGAGCUCAUGAGGUUGUCGAAGUACAGGUACUUCAUUUGUCUCCCACCUCCACCCACCAAGACUCCAGAGUUGUCAGUAACCUCAGCCACCCAGAGCGCUCUAAAGUCAACGGCAAAAGAAAAUUCAAAGGAGUUUUUUAACAGGCUCUACCUGACUGAUGUGGAGACGUCAAAACCUCAGAACUGGAAGGAGGAUUUCCAGGCUGUAAGGGAGCAGGAACCUCCAGAUAGCUGGGAUGCAGAAUUGCCUGAUGGACCCUCGUCGCCACAAACUGCAGUUAACAAACCAUGGAAAGGGGCUGCCACUUUGAUACCGAAAGUCUUCAAAGUCCCCUCCAAAAAACAACAGUCAGCUGAAGGCAAACAGAGAAAAGAGAAGAAAACCAAAGGGGAGCACUGUGCCAAAUUGCCCAAUCAGAUGAAUAUACUGGUAGAGGUUUUUAGCUCCCCGUCUGCCUUACCCAAAGACCCCAUUCUCCGGAAGCAGCACCUCGAAGACCUCAUGACCAAGAUCCACGGCUCCUUCAGUUUCAUGCAGGACUCUCUUCUUGAUGGUGAGACCUCUGUUACCAAUGGUACACCCAGGCUAAAGAGGCGCUCAUCUGGAGCACUCUCUCCACUAGCCCAAGGAUGUUUAAGAAGCCCCUCUGAUAUUCUGGCCAAAACUAUGCAUUCUACCCCAUUGCCUCCCAGACUGAUGGAGUGUAAAGCCAGUGUGACCAUUGGAGAUCAUAAUCUGGAGACUAGUGACCUGGAGCCUUCCCCAAAGAACCAGACCCAAGAGUUGCUCCAUCUGGCUGACAGGAAGAAGUAUUCCUCACCACCACUGUACCACAGGGAGGCUCCUGUUACUGGCCAAGAAGAGAACUGUCCAUGUACUCCGGGAACUGAUUCGGGGAAGCAGUCCCCCUGUAAUGGGCUGAGAUCUAAUGCCUCCACUCCACCCCAGGCGGACUCUUUCGCUACACCUCCAAUGAGGCGAGCUCUUACCACGUCCCAGUUUCAGAACAUUCACUCGGUCUUCAAGGUGGCCACAUCUUUACCUCAAAAUGGAGAACUGCAGUUCAAGUCCCACAGUUCUGGGCUCAAGUACAGCACUGCCAGUACCCAAACACCCCCUGAGUUUGCUCCCCCAGAUGAUGAGCUUCAGAUGGUGUACCAGUCAGACUACCCAGCUAUUAAUGGUGGGCAGAUCUUCCUGUCCCCUGGCCAGUCGCGCGGAGGUUUAAAUCGAUCCGGCCAGUCCUACACCAGAGGAUCUGUCAGAGGUAUGGCACGUGGUGGCAAGGGACUGGCUCAGAGCUAUCGGUCUUCUGGUUGGCACAGAGGAGGAUCCUACAUCCCCCCGGCUCACCUCAGGGAGCCUGUUCCUCUUCUUUAUACGACUAGAGACUCAGGAUAUCAACACAUGUACAAACGAGGAGGGGGGAGACACGGCUCUAGUGCCUGGAGUGACUCUUCUCAGUUGAGCAGCCCAGACCGGGAGGGACAUUUUACUGUUAUGGACUCGGGUCAUGGCGAUUCCUUAUCUGUAUCGACAGUGGAGGUCCCACUGACCCCGCACAGCCAUCAGCCUACAGCCUUACUCUCCAUGCCGCUUUAUCCACUCUCCCAGCCACUUCGUGUGGCCUUCACUGCCUCUCGCACCGCCAACUUUGCGCCGGGCAACCUUGACCAGCCCAUUGUGUUUGACCAGCUGCACAGCAACCUGGGGGAGAUGUACGACACCCACAUUGGCCGGUUCACCUGUCCUGCGAACGGAACAUACGUCUUCCUCUUUCACAUCCUGAAACUUGCCAUCAACGUGCCCCUCUAUGUUAACCUAAUGCGUAACGAGGAGGUGAUGGUCUCUGCGUACGCCAACGACGGAGCCCCCGAUCAUGAGACGGCUAGCAACCAUGCCAUCCUGCCUCUAUUCCAGGGAGACCAGGUGUGGCUCAGGCUGCAUCGGGGCGCCAUCUAUGGCAGCACGUGGAAAUACAGCACGUUUUCAGGCUUCUUGCUUUACCAGGACUAAACUGGUAAAGGAGGAAUGACCAUCUUUCUUCCAGCAUGGCUGGUGUUUACAACUUGCAUAUCAGGACUGGUCAGGCAGAAUGCCACGGCUAGAUAGCCUGAAAACCAUGUCUGAGGAUAUGGUGCUGUCCACAUUCAAAGCCAUUUUCUUUCCGGAGGUUCAAGUUAAAAAUGGUUAGCAUGAAGCCAAAAUACUAUACUGUCAUUGUAGUGUGAAACAUCAACGCUCCUUUUGACUGUUAUCGGUUCGGCUGGACCCAGCUGCACGUCUCCAUGUAGCUCCUUAAUUGUACAGCCUAUGGGUUUAACAUCAGUGACCACGCUUGCGAUUUUCAGUCUGUGCCUUUUUUUUUUUUCUUUUUUUUUUUUUUUUUU